GUACUAAGAUUGUUGUGUGUUUACAUUAACGCAGAGAACAAACGUACGAAAGAUAAGCAGUAGGCGUUGAAGAAUUGUUGUGAAAUAGCGUAGAUCAACAGACAAAUGUUGAACUAUUUGAGAAGACAUUUUGUACACUUGGCUUUGGAGGUGUCAUGUCACAUUAAAUGCAGAGCCUAGAGAUAUAUUAAAAGCAUUUUCAUGAACGAGUAUAAUUCUUUCUUAUAUAUUCUGUUGUAGUGUCAGUUUGAGGACAUGUUGCUGCUAUUGUCAGGAUAGGUUAAUUAAUUUCGUUCGCUUUGGUAAUUGAAACAACGGGAUCAGCCCCAUGAGCAUCCUUCUACGAUGCGAUAUUAAACGAGUGUUUCCUCUGGAAAUUAUCAGGAAAUCACAAAAUGGCCAGGAUCUGAACUGCAUAUAUCCAGAAUAGCUAAAUAUGGAUGGUGUUAAAAGCGAACUUGAUUCGGACAGUGAUAGGGAGUCAGCCUCUCCACAAUAUGAGCCUCAAUUCAUUAAAAUAAAAGAAGAACACGUGGCAGAUGACGAUAAUGAAGAAGAGACGUCCCAUACAAUGCAAAGUGAUGAUGAGCUUAGUGACACCCCAGAUGAAGAUAUGGCUGAAGCAGUUAUGUUUCCUAUUGUUAAGACUGAGUACCAUGUUGCUGAUAUGUCACAGAAAGAUGCAGCAGAUGAAGACAUGUUCUACGCAGACAAGAAUGAAAUGAAGUUCCAUGCUUUGGAUGUCCCAGCUAUAAAGCAAGAAAUGAAAGAUGAUAUAUCUGCAGAGGAAAAUGAAUAUAUGCAAGAGAAACUUGAAGUCAGAUUGGAAGACUUGAACAAACAAAAUCUUUCUGGUGGCAGUAGUGGACAAUCUUCGAUAGCCGAGCAGGUCAGAUAUACCGGUCACUACAUACAACAGAAUGAAGAAUGCCAUGACCAAGUGUGCAUUCAAUGUGGCACAAAAAUUAAAGGCCUGUCUACUGAUACAUUAUCACACAACAGUUCAAAAGCCCUUUGUAAAAAUUGUGUUUCAGGCAGAAGUUCAUCUGCAAAGCAUAUUGAUGGUUCACAUGAGAAGUCUGAUUCAGUAGAAAAAUCAUUUUCAUGUGAGUUUUGUAAAAAGGAAUUUCCAAAACAUGAAUAUUUAAUGAAACAUUUACGUGUACAUAAUGAAGGGAAACCAUACAAGUGUGAUGUGUGCAGUAAAAGCUUCUCAAGAUAUGGAGACCUGAAACAGCAUUGCAUUGAACACAAUGGAGGGAAACCUUAUGAGUGCAAAUACUGCAAUAAGAGAUUUUCAGAAAAGGGGAACCUGAAGACUCAUUGCCUCAUGCACACUGGAGAUAUGCCUUACCAAUGUCACGUUUGUCAAAAGCGAUUUCCGCAUAACGCGUACUUGAUCGGACAUUUGCGUAUUCACACGGGUGAAAAGCCAUAUGAAUGCCAUAUUUGUAAUAAGCGUUUUACUCACAAUAGUGGACUUAAAACGCAUAUUCGCGUACACACUGGAGAAAAAAAAUACCAUUGCACAGUGUGCGAUAAAGUUUUCUCUACUACUUCGAUUCUAAACACACAUUUACGUAUACACACUGGAGAGAAACCCUACCAAUGUCAAGUUUGUAAAAAAUGCUUUCGUUCAAGCAGCAAUCUUAAAAUGCAUACGUAUAUUCAUACAGGUGGCAAAAGUUAUCAGUGCAAAGUAUGCGAAAAGAUAUUUUCUACUACUUCUUCCCUAAAUUUACAUUCCCUGCGUGUUCAUUCGGGCAAGAAAGAGUAUCAAUGUACAGUGUGUGAGAAAAGAUUUUCUGAUGUAUGUAAAUUGAAAACUCAUUCACGUAUUCAUGCUGAAGAAAAGCCGUAUGCUUGUAGUAUGUGCGAUAAAAGAUUCUCCCAUCGUCCUAAUCUUAACCUUCAUAUUCGUAUUCACACUGGAGAGAAACCAUACUCAUGUGACGUAUGUGAGAAACGUUUCAGCUCUAGUAGUGCUCUGACAAGUCAUGCUCGCAUUCACACGGGAGAAAAGAAAUACCAGUGUACCGUGUGCAACAAAUUGUUUGCAAAUAGUUCGACGCUUGUUACACAUUCUUACAUCCACUCUGGGGAGAAACCGUAUGAAUGUGAUGUAUGCAAGAAACGUUUUCGUUCUAACAGUAAUUUAAGAACGCAUUCGUAUAUUCAUACAGGUGGAAGGCGAUACACUUGUGCAAUCUGUGGUUCACAAUUCUCUAGCAAGUCUAACCUCAAUACACACUCUCUCCAUGUUCACAAAAUAAUCAAACAGCCAGCUCCAAAUAGAGGACCUCGGCCUGUAGUCAAGGUAACCACACAUGCACUUGUAACUGACUCAACCACAGAAUCUGUACUUCCAGAUGUUCCAGUCACAGAAUCUGUUCUUCCAGAUAUUCCUGUCACAGGAUUACUGUCUCCUAAUCAUUUUGUUACAAAAACAGAACCUCCUGAUGAUUCACUCUCUGAUUCCAUGUCCGAGACUGAGGUUUCAUCUUAGAUUUAGUGCUUAUCAGACAUCAUUAAGUUUGCUUUUGCAUCUAGAUUGCAAUAAAAGCAUGAGGAAUCAAAGAAUACAUUUUGGUCAAGACACUAUUUAUACUGUCAGUUUGAAGCUGCUUAUGAUACAUGAAAUUUUUAAUACAUAGUAGAUGUUGCUUUGCACAGUUGUACACAUCAAACUAGUUUUAUACACAUUCUUGAGCAUUCCCAACUGGUGGUACAAUUCUGACCAGUUGGAUAUGUAUGAUAGCAACAGCAUGGCAUUCAUCAUUGAGGAAGUUUGCAACUUUUAUAAAAUGUUACACAUUAAUUUUCAGAAGGUUAGUCUUUACAUCUGUAACCUUUAAACAGUUAAGAUUAUAAGUUUUACAGAAAUGAUGUUGGGAUAUUCAUUUGAAGACUUAUUCUGUACUACAUAAUUGUGUGUCGGAGCAUGAAAUAGACGUCACAUUUAAUGAAAUAUUAAGCAUAUGAAAAACCUGUAGUUAUUGUUUGUCAUAUUUUUUAUUUGUGUUUGCUCGAUGUGUUUGAACGGAAGUACUCAUUACCAUCUGACAUCUUUCAACACAUGUAACACAUUAUAUUACAAUGAAUGUGUAUGUGCGUGAGUGAAUGUGGUUCAUUUCUAGGUAUGUACAAAAAUACUUUGUCAAAUAAAAGACAAGAAAAAAGUGUGUCUGCAACAAUA